ACUGUAUAAUUUGGUGAUCGGAAAAACAACGUCCAGCGAUAAUGACGUGUUAGCGCAUGCGCCUGAAAGUAAGCAUGAACGAUUUAAAUAGACCAGGCACAUACUCUGUUGUGGCUGUAGGUUAUGUUCUGGAUUUAACGCUGUCUAUCCUCUCUUCAUAGCCUUUCUCCUCUCCUCCACUUGUCUGAAAGAUAAGUCAUUGUGUGCACAUCGUGUGCACCUCACGGAUGGUGAAUUUGUCUGUCGAACUUUUGCUAUUAUUAGGCUAUUGUUUCGGUUGUAGGGACAUUGCUGUUCAUUUUUUGAAAAUAAUGCUGGCUACUGAGGAAAGCCCUGUGGCGUUGUUGCUUAAGGCCAACAUUUGCUUCCCCAAAGAAGAGGCCCCGGGGCCUCUGUGGUGCUCCGAUGUCCCUCACCCACAGCUGAAGAUCCCGGGUGGGCGAGGGACUGGAAGGGAUCCCCCUCUCCAAAAGCUCCUCCACAAUGAUGGUAGGUUGACGGUGACUCAGGUGACUUCUGUGCAUGGAGUCUUUCCCAUCCUAUACUUUAACUACUGGCUGAGCGAGCGCCAUAGUGCAUGCUGGAAGACGGUGGUGACUGCAGAUAACCUCUUCCUGGAAAUCCCAGAGGGCACUCUCCCAGAGGGUAGUAAAGAAGGUCUAACCAGUCUUCUCGAGUUUGCAGAGGAGGAGUUGGGUGUCAGCCACGUGUUUCUUUGGUUCUCCAAAAGCAGGGAGGAUCGAUCCGUUCUUACCAGAACUUUCCACUACAUGGGCUUUGAAGUUGUGAAGCCAGGCCACCCUCUGUUGCCCGUAAGGGCAGACCUUCUGUUCCUAGUCUAUUCCAUCGCACCGGCUUGCUCUGAUGAAGACUGAACUGAACACAUGGAUGGAUACAGUGGAUUGUUAUUAUUUAUUGUUGACAGAUAUGACAAUGACUCAAACUGGAGCAAUAUUUGAUUCCAGGUUAACUCUAUUCAGAAUUAUUUAGUGCCUUGUCCCUACAGUCUUACAUAGCUUCUUUCAUUACCUUAGGUCUGAUCUGUAACUGGGAUAGAAAGGAUGGAAGUGAUGGAAGCUAGUUAAGCCUACUGGGACUGGCUGUAUCACCUUUUUGUCUGUUGUCUUGUUUCAUAGUAGCCUACAUGUCACUUCAACUGGAAGAAAGCCCUAAAUGCUGUAGCUCAAAUGCAGACUGGUGGAUGUUUUUGGUUAGUCAGUCUUCAAUAAUAUGACUAAAUGUAAAUAAUAGAAAAACUGAAGAUUA